AUGGAUACUUAUGAAGUAAUGCUGGGAUUAUCGAAAAAUCCAAGAAACUAUACAGAGGAGUAUCGCAAGCAGCUAGAUAUGUUUGUUUCGCUCGUGAAUCUUCCUAAUCAGCCUGAUAAGCCAAUCAGGCAAGUCCUUGCGCUUCUACUGACGCAUGUGAAGAUUGACAGCAGACUUCCAGAUGCACUCAUCAGCAGCAUAAAGACAAUCAAGUGCCACAAGAUAAGACACAUGGUGAUUGAGAGCUUGUUUUUAUUGAAAAGAAACAAGCUGAUAGAUGCAGACCGGCUGUUGAGGAAUCUUCUUGAGUAUCACCCAGAUCUGAAGUCGAUACUGAAUCGAACCCGGCGGGAUGUGAGUGGAGAUGCUAUUCCAUGCCUCCUUGAGUACUAUGCAAAGGGAAACGAUAAACAAAAGUGCUUCUGCUACUACAUGAUUGUGUACCUGUUCUCUGGUGGCCAUUCGGAGCUUGAGAAGGAUGUAUGCGAGGGGAUGUUUGCAGAAGGAAGGGUUGGAAAGAUGUGCAUGCUGUAUUUUCUGGACCAGAUAGAUUUUGAGGAUGAAGGAAGCAAGGCAAUGGAUCUGCUGAGCGAUGAGGGAGCAGGCGUGGGGAAGAGGUUGUUCAAGAGUAUCCAACAAGAAGCAGUAGACAGAGAAGUAAAGAUAAUGAAGAUGAAAGUGUAUUCGCUGUUUAAAAGCAGGUAUGGGCUGAGGGCAUCUAUAGUGCCUCUUGCAUUGGAUUUGCUGAAUCCCGACAAGAGCGAUAUCAAGGAUGUGAUGAGGCUGGUAGUUGGCGGGACUACCGAAGGUGAUGUGAUGAAGGUGAUUGGGGUGGUGAAUGAGAUGCUGUGCUCGGAGUUCCGUGAUGAUGAUUACAUUGCAUAUGGACUGAAUGUGCUGAGAGAGCUGUAUUGCAAAUUUGAUGAAGAGGCAAGGAAGCUUAAGCAAAGAGACAUGGAUAUGGGUGAAGAAGGCGCAUUUGAGAGUGAAGAAGAGUUUGAAAGUGAAGAUGCGUCAAUAUGUACAAAUGAAGAGCACACGGAAGAAAGCGGCAGCAAAGAGAACGAGCUGCGCAUGAACGAGCUUAUUGAUAGCAUGAAGGAUAAGAUUACCAAUGCAGUGUCAUGCUUCAAGGAAUCGAAGUCUAAGUGUGUAUACUAUGCAUACAUGUCUGUUGUGAAUGUGAUGAACCACAGGAAGUAUUCUGGAAAGCGCCCUGAGUAUGUCAAGAAGAAAGCAAGCAAGGAGGAGCGAAUAGCAGUGAAAAGGGCAGGCCUGAAGGAUAAGAAAGAGAUGAUGAAGGAAAGGAAAAGGGGUGGAGGAAAGUAUUCGAAGCGAAGAAGAAUAAACAGCAUGAAGAAGGCUGCGAAAUAA